AUGGGCUUUGGGCAGGCCAUCAUUACCGUCGCCGUUGCAGACAACAGUGAGGCAGAGGAGGCGGGUGUGCGGCCAGGCAUGCGGCUGACGGCCAUAUCAGAUCCGAUCCGCGCCUACGAGGUCUGGAGGCUGCAGGACAGGCCGUCCUUGAAGAACAUCCGCGAGCUGAUGCGGAUGAGGAGCGCAGACACCAUCACACUGGAAUUCGAAAAAUGGGACGGCCCCAUUCCUGGGAUUCUGGACGGCGACAGCCUGCCCGCGACCAGCAGCAGCAGCAGCAACGCAGGCAGCAAUCUAACGAGCCCGCUGGCCUCCGUGGACGGCCCUCCAGGGGAGUCCAUCGGCGAACGCCUGGCGCGGCAGUACCGUGAGACGGCUGCGCAGGGCCGCACACCCACGGCGGUGGAGCAGCGGCAGCAGAAGCGCAAGGAGCGCAUGGAGGUCGACGCAGCGCGCGACGACCGGCCGUUCCUGCUGGGCGUGCUGGCACUGUUUGCGCUGCCCCCGUUCAUCAUCCUCGUGGUCGCUCAAUCAACGGGUUACCUCGACCAGCUGUACUUCAACACCCUCACGGGCCUGCACUGA